AUGGCUGAUCCGGAAGAACAAAAACUAGACGUCUACUUCAAAGAAGAUAUGAGUUCAAUUAUUUCAUUGCUAUUUUUGCAUGAUUCUGAGGUUCGUCAAAUGGCCAAGAAAUGGAUGACCACGUUUUACAGCAUGGGAUCCAAUAUCCUUGACAAGCAGACGCGAAAUCGUUAUGUUGCCUACAUGCUGAUGCAGUUAGAAGUCAAUCACAAACUGUCAAAACCUUUUGAUGAGCCAGCACCCGAACAUAUUCAUGAACCGCUGGCAAAGAUAAUUGCUGCUGAUGAGUACAUAAAGUUUUUUGAAAAGUGUGUAAAAUUCUACCUGUCGAAGAAACGUUCCGCUGGAGAUCAGCAAAUUCAGCAAGAAUUCAGUAUGAAGCCAUGCGAUUUUCUCUACAGGCUACCGCCCAUCCAAUCAGGAGUGGUCGUGUAUGGCGCCUGCUUCAGCAAAGAUAACCAAUGAAGACAACCACCGAUCGAAAUUAAAUAUUCUCCCGUCUCAUCAUCAUCCAGAUCAUUUAUUUAUAUCACGUUCACCAAACAACAAAAAACAUGGAUGGCUCCGGCCAUAUUCAAAUGUAA